UGGCGAUUCGCAGCGAUGGCGACUCGAUUCUUCUACGGGACGUAUUGAAACUGGCCUCGGAUAUGACAAAUGUAUUUCCUAACGUGUAAUUUAUUGCAAACCCAGUGCACGGAUCUUCAACUGGAUCAUUAACGUUUCUAUUGUAAUUGCUUUCUCUCUGAAUUCAAUGUCUUCACUAACUGAAAUUUGCAAAACAGGAUCAUCAGGAUAGCACCUCAUCUGUUGCUUGUUCUCUUUUGACUUAUAUUUGGGGUCCAGUGAAGAAGGCCUGUGUUCCUUGUCCAGUGACCCACACUCCUUCACAAGGGCCAUGGAGGAGGAGGGGCCGCAGAGCAUGGAAUGUAUCCAGGCCAAUCAGAUCUUCCCCAAGAAGCCCCCAGUCCUGGAGGAGGGGAGCCUGCAGGUGCCCUUUCCCGAGCUGCAUGGGGAGUUCACAAAGUACGUGGGGAGAGCGGAGGAUGCAAUCAUCGCCAUGUCCAGCUACCGCCUCCACAUCAAGUUCAAAGACUCCAUCGUAAAUAGUGACAGUUGUUGUGAGGUGUCAGUCCCUCUGCAGCUCAUAGAGACUGUGGAGUGUCGUGACAUGUUCCAGCUCCAUGUCACCUGCAAGGACUGUAAGGUCGUCAGGUGUCAAUUCUCCACCUUAGAGCAGUGUCAGGAGUGGUUGAAGCGGCUGAACGCUGCGGUCCGCCCUCCGUCUUGCUUGGAGGACCUCUUCUCCUUCCCCUUCCAUGCCUGGUGUGUGGACGUGUAUGCCGGGGAGAAGGAGCAGCACGGGGAGCUGUGCAGGCCAGGAGAGCAUGUGACCUCCUGGUUCAAGAAUGAGGUGGAGAGGAUGGGCUUCGACACUCAAAACGCCUGGAGGAUAUCUGACAUCAACAGCAAGUUCAGGCUGUGCUCCAGCUAUCCGCAGCAGCUCCUGGUGCCAGCCUGGAUCACAGACAAGGAGCUGGAGAACGUGGCAGCCUUCCGCUCCUGGAAGAGGUUCCCGGCCGUUGUGUUCAGGCACCAGAGCACUGGGGCUGUGAUCGCCCGCUGCGGCCAGCCGGAGGUCAGUUGGUGGGGCUGGAGGAAUGCAGACGACGAGCACCUGGUCCAGUCCAUCGCCAGGGCAUGUGCUGUGGACUGCAGCUCCCGCAAACACCUGGCAAACGGAUCCUACAUCAAUGGAACCAAUGGAAUCAUCGGCACCAAUGACCUCGUGGACACUGACUUCGAAUCGUCCCUGACGAAUAGCUCGGAGGUAGAGACACUGGCCAUCCAGCCACAAAAGCUGCUGAUCCUGGAUGCCAGGUCCUAUGCAGCGGCUGUGGCCAACAGGGCCAAGGGAGGGGGCUGUGAAUGCCCAGAGUACUACCCCAACUGUGAGGUUGUGUUCAUGGGCAUGGCCAACAUUCACUCCAUCCGCAAGAGUUUCCAGUCCCUGCGCUUCCUCUGCACCCAGAUGCCAGACCCGGCCAACUGGCUGUCUGCUCUGGAGAGCACCAAGUGGCUGCAGCAUCUGUCUCUGCUGCUGAAGGCUGCCCUGCUGGUGUUGAACGCUGUGGACCGCGACCACAGACCUGUUCUGGUGCACUGCUCUGACGGAUGGGACCGCACGCCCCAGAUCGCUGCCCUGUCCAAGCUCUUGUUGGACCCAUACUACCGCACCAUUGAGGGUUUCCAGGUGCUGGUGGAGACUGAGUGGCUGGACUUUGGCCAUAAGUUUGCUGACCGCUGUGGCCACGGGGAGAACUCAGAGGACCUGAACGAGCGCUGCCCGGUCUUCCUGCAGUGGCUGGACUGUGUUCACCAGCUCCAAAGGCAGUUCCCAUGCUCCUUUGAGUUCAAUGAGGCCUUCCUGGUGAAGAUGGUGCAGCAUUCCUACUCGUGUCUCUUUGGCACCUUCCUGUGCAACAGUGGGAAGGAGAGGGAGGACCGUCAGGUUCGGGAGAGGACCUGCUCCGUGUGGUCACUGCUGCGACCAGCCAACCGCGCCUUGAGGAACAUGCUCUACUCCUCCCACUCCGAGACUGUGCUCCACCCAGUGUGUCAUGUACGUAACCUGAUGCUGUGGACGGCAGUCUACCUUCCCAGCUCCUCCCCCACCACGCCCUCUGACGAGUCGUGUGCACCCUAUCCUGUGCCAGGUGCCAACCCUGAGGACACUCCCCUGGGCAGACGUCCAAAGACCCGUUCCUUCGAUAACUUGCCCAGCGCAUGUGAGCUGGGGAGCUCGCUGGCCCCAAACCGGCGCUCCAGUGACCCAAACCUGAAUGAGAAGUGGCAGGACCACCGGCGCUCUCUGGAGCUCAACAUCGCUAUGGGGCCCGACGGAGGGGGAGCUCAGGAAGGGCGUGCUAACGGCCAGCCUGGAGCAGCAGGGUCUCAGGCAGGCACGGCCGACUCUGAGCCGGAAGACAGCCCUGAAGGAGGGCAGAUUGAGCUGAGAGACAGAGCCUCCAAGGGGUUGUUAGCAGCAGGAGAAGAGCUUGAGCUCUCCAUUGAGCUGGCUGUGGCAGAGGGACAGAUGGAGAACAUUCUCCAGGAAGCAACAAAGGAGGAGGUUGGUGCUGAUACUCAGAGAGAAGCGAACGCUGCUGCUCCUCCUAUUGCCGUGGCUCAAACUCUGAUUGAUGCUAAUGUUAAUGGAAGAGAGAUGGAGAAAGAGGCCAGCACCAGUGAUGGUAAGGCUGAUAAACAAGCUAACAUCAAUGGGGCUGAGAAUCAGACGGAGGCUACUAUCACUAAUGGGCAUCACCCAGAGAAGGGCACAGAUGAGCCUGAGGAGGAGUCUAGUGUCUCUCCAGGCAGUCCCACAGACGUUCCAGAGGAGCAGGAGGUGGCCGUUCCAGAGGAGCAGGAGGUGGCCGUUCCAGAGGAGCAGGAGGUGGCCGUUCCAGAGGAGCAGGAGGUGGUAGAGAAGCAGGAGGAAGUGCUGGUGAAGCAUGUUCUGGUGAACCGUACUGCCCAGGAGGAGCCAGACCACAACCCUAGCACCAGCACCCCCAGCCCAGCCCACGCUGCCCUUAGAACUAUGAUCAAUGGCUUUGGAGAGAGGACACCAGUGGCUGCUGAGAAUCACCUUCCACCAGAGCUUAAGUCCAGCAGACAUCUCUCAGAGGUCCUGGUGCAGGCUGACAAGAGGGCCUCCCUCAUGGAGAGCUCAACAGAGACUCUGACUGAAGAGGCCUGCACCAGGCCAGAGGCCCCAGUGCAGGUAUCCAUCUGUGCAGGCCCCCAGCCCUGCUCUGAAGGCAGGAGUCAACCCCCCUGCCACAGGAGAGUGAACGGGGAGGCAGAGCCAGAGCAGGGGGUACCCAGGACUUCAAAUGGAGGACACAAGCGGCCCUCCGUCAGUGCCUUCCAGUCUUUGAGUGCUGAUCCCAGCAGGGAGGGACUGUGUAAUGGCGAGAGCUUGGAGGGGGAGACCUGCAGUGGCCCUCACUGGGCCAAGGUGAAUGGGGAGCGGGCCCCACUGAGCCGCCAGGUGUCCCUGGCCUCCUGCAGCUCCCUGACCCACCACCGCCGGGGCAGCUGCUCCCAGCACCGCUGCCUCCAUGCCCUACUGGGGCGCCCUGCCGCCACACCCAGCCCCGAGCAGCCGGCCCGCAAUCACCUGGACGAUGACGGGCUGACGCUCCACACGGACGCCAUCCAGCAGCGGUUGAGGCAGAUUGAGGCAGGCCACCAGAUGGAGGUGGAGACACUGAAGAAGCAGGUGCAGGAGCUGUGGAGCCGCCUGGAGAGCCAUCACCACGCAGCAUCCCUCAGGAUCAACGGAGAUAUGGGAGACGAAGUGACCUCAAUGACAGACUCUGAGUAUAACCUGGAUGCUAGCUGCCUGUCCCGCUGCAGCACAGAGCUCUUCUCAGAGGCUAGCUGGGAGCAGGUGGACAAGAAUGACACUGAGGUGACCCGCUGGUACCCGGACCACUUGGCAGCCCAGUGCUACGGGUGUGAGAGUAGGUUCUGGCUCGCCACCAGGAAGCAUCACUGCAGUGACAGGGAGCCUGUCCAAGAGGUCUGGAACUGUGGGAAUGUAUUCUGUGCCAGCUGCUGCGAUCAGAAGAUACCCGUGCCAAGCCAGCAGCUGUUUGAGCCCACCCGUGUUUGUAAGACCUGCUACGGCAGCCUCCAGAUCAAUACAACUCCCAAUCCCAUGGAACUGGAGCUGGAAGAACCCAUCACAGCCAGCUCCAACUAGGGCCCUGGGAGGGGCUAGGCCGAGCCUCCCAGCCAAUACUCAGCUAGCCACUGACACGGUCAGGCACUCUACUGAUGAGCUCAGGAGCUGCAGAAUGUCCCAUGUACGUGUGUGCUGCAAAAUAUGGAUUUUCAUGUAUAUAGGUCUGCAAUGCCAGAUGUAGUGGAGGAGGUGAACAAGGUGUUUUUGCUAGAUGCUAAGCACUUUGAAUGGUGGUUAUGCACAGGAAUGGAUGAAUGGACAGAUUGAUGGGUGUGUGACAACACACAGAGGACUGCUGGUAGUGUUUGUCGACGUGGUGUAGGACUGGGACAGUGAUAGAGCAAGGAUAGCCUGUCUGGUCCCACUGUCCAGGGGGGGCACGAGAGGGUCAUCUCCGAAUGAUGCUGCAAAGUCUUCUUGAGGGCUUGUGUUCUGUUCAUUUUUUUUUUUUUUUACCCACUUAUAGUUCAAUUACAGGAGUGGUACCAUCAUCCAUCCCCUAGGGACUUUUCUGAAGCUCCAGUGCUUCAGAAACCACUUCUAGUGUCCAGAAUAGGCCUGGACUGUGUUGGCAAGACCUUCCAUUGACUUCUGGGGAACACCUGGAUGAACUUGGGCAGAAUUUCAACUUGCGUUAUGUGUCUGAAGUUAGGACUCUGCCCUAAGCAGGGAGGGUAUUUGGGAGUUACUGAGAUCUAACAAGUGUUAGUUUUUGAAUUGCAUCAAAGUAUGAAUCCUCUCCUAGCUGGUUCCAUUUUGCAACUCUCUUGGCGUGAAUAGGUGCCACACACUAAUGGUAGACGGUGUAGAUAAUGUUGACAGCUGGUAUUAUGACAGAGCUUCUGAACCAAUGCCGCGUUCAAAACAACUGGGAACUCAGAUCAAUCAUGUCAGUGAUCGUCAGGUCGGAAAGUCAGAGCUCUAGAAAGAGGCCUGAAUGCCCAAGUUGGAAUUCCGAGCUGGAUGACUGUUCACAUAGAUUUUUACCAGUCGGAACUAGUUUUUUUUUACGAGUUUCCAGUUGUUUUGAACACGGCAUAAAUUUAAUUUGGCAUUGUCACUUGUUUUCAGAGACCUAAAUAAACUUGAGGAGAGGCUGUGGAAAUGCAUUCAUUUACCCAUCACUUCAAAUUAGGAUGACCCCCCCCCCAAUUUACCCAGCAGGCACUUGGACAUGACAUCACGUUCAAUCCAUCACAACCAGGGUUUAAUAGGAAGUGGUGUAAUGGUUGUCAUGGGGUCACUAAAGGAUGUGCUUUAGUCAUGUUACUGUCUCAGUGUCCUCCUGUGAUGACAGGAACUCAUUUACCAAUGUGUCCUCAUCUGCAGGAUGGGUGAAUUUAUUACCCAACACUGACUGCUUAUUUAGUAACUAACUUCCUUGCUAUUAGUUGAGCAUAAUGAAACAGCCCUAAAAUAUGAAGUUGAGUCAUACACGCAUCACAAUCUUUCCCUUUGAACAUCCUCAACCACCAUUGCGUCAUGUCCUAUAUAAACCGAGGAAGUGCUGGAUAGUACAAGGGGAUGAAAUGUAUAGUACCUUGUCUCUGUGGAACAUCCAGUGUUGUUCUCUUAGCUGGUUAGCUCGGUUUUCUCCUGCUGAAUUGAGAAGUCACUUAUUUCAUCUCUCUUCAAUAAACUCCUCUCAGAUACAUUUUUGCAACAUAAAUAAUAUAUUCAGAUAAGUAUAUAGCGUUUAAGAAACGAUGUAUAGAAGAAUCCUUUUAUAGUGGCUUACCAAAUUAGUCACCAUAAACCUUUUCAUUUCUAUCUUUUUGCUGAUUGCUGGAAAAAACUAUAAUUUCAACCUGUUGGAAACGGGAAUCUUUAUUUUUUUAAGGGGGCAUGUUCCUGUUUUGAUGCUGCAGUGGUUUUCCAUUUGAUUGCGAUCAGUACCUGUUUUCAUUAUUUAUUGAUGUUGUAUUCUUGAAUUGCUGUCUCAAAUUUAGACAAUUACAUUGCCACAGGAUAAUCCGUGUUUAUCAGUAGUGGAUCUGAAGGGCCGUGAGAAAAGAUGGCCCAAAUCGGUGAGAUUCCCAUGCACUGACAGAAUGGUGGUCCGAAACAACAACCUAAUACUAUACCCCCACCUCCCACUCACAUACGGUCACGCAUACCCCACUCAUAUACAGUACAUGUACACACUACCUCUACCAUACAGACAGGAGCUCCACACACUCGUACAUGCACACAGAUAUUCUCACUGUGCUUGUAGUAGUUGAUAUUUGCUUUUCAGUUGUUCGCCAUCAAUAUUGGCCUUUUUGUUAUUAAUGAUUUUUGGGUUUUACGAGCAUUAAAUGUACAAAUACAACCCUAUACGAUGUCCAAAAUGAUAUCCUUCAAGACUGCCAAUCAUUAAUAAUGCCACUUGUCGUACUAGCAGGACACAAAUGAAUCACGGGAUUUCAGCAAUUGUUAUUAUUCACAACUCUCUACCUGAUCAGCAGACUGUGUGAAAGAGCCAUGUAUAGUUUGGACAGCCAUCUUGUAAACCAUCUGAGGGCUUAGACCAAACUCUUGACUGUUGAUCUCUUUCAAUGACCCCCUGAAUAGCUUAUACUGUGUACAUUUCAAUGGCUGGACUAAGUAGUCCAUAGCUUCAGAUCUCAAAGCCAUGUGGGUCUUUCUGGUCAUACUUUCCCAAACUGAGGUUUGACAUUGAGGGCUAAAUUAGGUUCAGAGUAAUGCUCCUUUAGACACUCAUUUCCUUCUGGCUUCCAUUAGUGUCCCUGUUGCACUCUGGCAUGGCGAGGCUAGAGGCUUGUAGGGCAGUUUCACCAUUCGUUGUUUUGCAUAGCAUUUCAGUUAAAGUAGACACUGCUACAGAAAUACAUCAAACAAUAAAGCUGAAAAUGAGUCAGUAUUAUGUCACCCACAGAAGGACUCCCAUGAGGGAUGAGCCUGUUUUUCUUUUGGUGCUGUUGUGGGACAUAGCUGGAUAUGAUGAGUAUGUGGAGGAUUUACAUUGUCUGUCUGGAGGAGCCCCUACACUUUCUGUCUGGAGGAGCCCCUACACAUUGUCUGUCUGGAGGAGCCCCUACACUUUGUCUGUCUGGAGGAGCCCCUACACUUUGUCUGUCUGGAGGAGCCCCUACACUUUGUCCAGUUGGGUUUGAGUUAUUUUGAUAUUCUUGGGCUUUCAUUUCUCUUCCCUCGUGUGAUUUAAGAAGCUGUCCACCACGUAGUUCCCCAUAGGAGGCAUCCCUGCAAUGGCCCAGGAAUCCGGUGUAAAUGCAAGUGUUUCUGAGCGUGUGUGUCAGAGGGAAACUGGUGCCAAGCAGUUCUUAUACAGGUCUUUAACAAAGCAGUGGAGUCUGCUGAGAGACGGCUCAUAAUAAUGGCCCGACCAGCGCAAAUGGAAUGGCAUCAAAUACAUGGAAACCAUGUGUUUAAUCUAUUUGAUACUAUUCCCGCUCCAGCUAUUACCAUGAGCCCGUCCUCCCCAAUUAAGUUGCCACCAACCUCCUGUGUAAUAAAGGGAUAACUAAUGUGCUUUUGAUUUGUUUUCCUCCUUUACAGUUAUCUUUAACAAGCACUUUCAUCCUUCUCAUGUAUCGUCGGUCGCAGAGGACUUUGUAGCCGUUUCCUGUAACAGGACAUAGCAGUUUCUUGUAACAACAAGUGCUCUUUUUGUUUAGUAUGUUUAUUUUUGUUUUGUUGAAUUUACUUUAAAGAGCAUUACAUUGAUGUAGAAAUAAAGGAAAAUAAAGUGG